AAAAAAAAAAAAAGUGACGCCGUGAUACUCACACAAGUCGGAGGCGAGAAGCGUUUUGUUUCUUUUUUUCCUUUCAGUUGUGUGCUCUUAUUGUUUGUCCGCUCGGUUGUUGUCACUCAGCUGUGUUACCCUCACACACACAGACACACACUCAGACACACACUCUCUCUCUGACAGACUCGCUCCACGGCUCUUCAGCGCUCUCCCCUCACGCGGCGCUAUUUUGACAGUCGGGGUCGCAGUGAACCAAGUCAAGCUAGCAGCACCAUUUACAUUAGCAUCGAUAGACCUGGAGGGAUUCUUUCACCCGGAGACCCAGACCCACGGCCAGCGAAACGGGCUCCUGACAGGAGGACAGACCAUGCUGCUGCACUGAGCCAGAGGGAGAGAAAAGAGAGAGGCCUCUGAGGACUGCUGACGUGGUGGCUGGCCUGUUUUUGUGCCCCUCCCCCUUAUCUGACUGCUGUCUUUUCAGUUCACCCUAUUGCUCUCCACCCCGAGGGCUAAGGCUUGCUAUGGACGUUGCUUCGCCCCCUGCUGCAGCCCUACCUAGUUCCCUACCUUAGUGGGUUCCCCUCGUUUUCUUGUGUGUGGUUCCCAUCCAGACUCACUGUACUGAGUCCAGCACAGAUCUGGUACCACCUACAGCCACUCCUGGGUCCUCCACCCAACCCCCUCCCCUACUCCCACCCUCCCCCCUCCCCUAAGAAGAUGUCGGUGAGCCUGACAACAGACAUCCAGCAGGAGGGAGAGAGUGGGCCACUCAUCGAGCCCUGCAGUCGAGGCAAGACCUCCCCUCAACCACAGGGCACUAAGGAGGGGACAGGGGAGGGCCUGGAGCCAGAGGAUAGCUCCUCACAGGAUGCACAGGUGGGAAGAACUGAUGAUGUAACAGUCCAAUCUAAUGCCAAACUGAAGCUGGUACGGAGUCUGGCAGUGUGUGAGGAGUCCUCUGGUCCAUUCUCCAAUGAUGGACCUCCAGAAUCGGAUAUCAUCCAGCUUCACAUCAGCUGUCCAUCAGACAAGGAGGAAGAGAAGUCGUCAAAGGAUGAAUAUGAAAAUGAUGAGAAGGAGAAGAAGGACAAGACUCCACGAAAGAUGCUCUCACGUGACUCCAGUCAGGAAUACACCGAUUCCACGGGCAUUGAUGUUCACGAGUUUCUGGUCAACACACUGAAAAACAAUCCCAGGGAUCGAAUGAUGCUGCUCAAACUAGAACAAGAUAUCCUGGAGUUCAUUAAUGAUGACAAUAACCAGUAUAAGAAGUUUCCUCAGAUGACUUCUUAUCACCGUAUGCUGCUGCACCGUGUGGCUGCCUACUUCGGCAUGGACCACAAUGUGGAUCAGACGGGCAAGGCUGUCAUCAUCAACAAGACGGGCAACACACGCAUCCCUGAGCAAAGGUUCUCUGAACACAUCAAGGAUGAGCGUAAUAUGGACUUUCAGAAGAAAUUCAUCCUGAAGAGAGAUGAUGCCAGCAUGGACAAGGAUGAUAAUCAGAUCCGUGUGCCGCUGCAGGACGGGCGGCGUAGCAAGUCAAUUGAAGAGCGAGAAGAGGAGUAUCAGCGAGUACGAGACAGGAUCUUUGCCCGAGAAGUGUCCUAUUUUUUACAGUCCUCUCAAAAUGGAUACAUCAACGACAGCAGACUUUCCACUGAGGGCUACUGCUCUAGCUCUCAAAAGAGGAGGCAGAUCUUUAGAGGGAAUCGUGAGAGCUCCAGUCGGGCAUCUAGUAGUCGUCAAAGCAGCACAGACAGUGACAUGAAGUGCCUGGAGCCACGGCCCUGGAGCAGCACUGAUUCAGACAGCUCCAACCGCACCCUCCGGCCACCCGUCACUAAGGCCAGCAGCUUCUCUGGCAUAUCCAUUCUCACCAGAGGGGAUAGCCUCGGCAGCAACAAAGGCUCACAGGGAAGCGGCAAAGGCUCUCGAUCUGGCCUCUCCCUAGUCAGUCCUGAUGUGUGUACCUCACCCGCAGCCUCCCAGUCCAGUCGUAGCCUGCUUCCCUGCCCAUCACAACAGCCACAGCAGCCCCAGCCCCAGGCUCCGCCUCAGACUGCCCUGCUGCCCACCCCACAGCAACACCCCAUGGGCAACCACAUGAUCGCUCAGCCGGUGGCGUCUCUGCAGCCCUCUCAGCCUGUCUCCUACUCCAGCCCUUCCUGCCCCCAGGUUCUCCUGCCAGUUUCUCCUCCCCAGCAGUACACAAUGGGAGAAGAGCUGGCGCCCCAGUUCAGCCAGAUGACGCUGAGUCGGCAGGGGUCCAGUGAGAACCCUGAGCCUCCCCCUAUGUAUCAGGCUCCUCCCACGGUGCUGUCCCAGCACCCCCCUCCACAGACCGGCUACAUCAUGGCAACCACAGGCCAGCCUAUGCCGCCUCCGUCUGGGUACCAGCCUGCCACUGGACACCCUCAUCCUCCACCUCCACCACCCCCUCCAUCGCAGCCUGUAAUGCAGGCUCCACCGCCCCCACAAGGCUACAUGCAGCCCCCACCGCCGCAACAGAUACAAGUGUCAUACUAUCCUCCUGGUCAGUAUCCCAGCUCAGGCCAGCAGUACCGUGUGCCCCAGCCCAUGUCUCACCAGGUGUCUUAUCCUGCCCAGCGCACACAACCUAUGCCUCAGCCCACACAGCAGUCAGGUCUCCAGACGAUGAUGCCCAGCCAGCAGCCGAGCUACCAGAGCAUGAUGGGUGUGCAGCAGCCCCAAAACCCUGGUCUGCUCAAUUCCCAGAGGGCAGGCAUGGGAGGACAAAUGCAAAGCAUAAUGGUCCAGUACCCACAGAUGCCAUCAUAUCAGGUGCCUGUGGGAAAUGAAAAUCAGCAGGUGGUGCAGCAGCAGUACCAGCAGCAGGUGAUGGUACCAGUCAGCCAGUCUGUGCAGGGGCCCAUGCCUGUCUACUACAGUGUUAUCACACCCACACAGCAGAAUAGCACAAGCCCGUCAGUGGGUUAUCUGCAGCCCAGCAACGAACAGUAUCAAAUCACACAGUCACCAUCCCCAUGCAACCCCCAGCAGUUGCAGCAGCAAUAUUCAGGAGUCCCCCCUCCUGGGCCUGGGGUGAUGGUCAUGCAGCUCAGUGUCCCCAAUGGACCACAGCCUUCCCAGAAUCCUCCACUGGUUCAGUGGAACCCAUGCAAGUACUACAGCAUAGAGCAGAGACCCAGCAAGCCAGGAGAGCUCUACAAACCUGACAACACUCCACAGGCCAGUACCCAGCUGACAAGUCCUCUGGCCUCCCCCACUCAGUCGCCCACCCCAUCUCCCUCUGGCAGUGUCAGCAGCGUCUGUCCAGGCCUUGGACCAUUACCCCUUAUUUCCCAGUUUCCCCGGCCAGGAGGACCAGCCCAAGGUGAUGGGCGCUACUCUCUGUUGGGGCAGCCUCUCCAGUACAGCCUUUGUCCGCCUUCCCUCAUACAUGGCCAGUCCUCCUACAGCUCCCAUCAGGGCCAAGGUGUAAUGAAACACGGGUCACGAGGAAAAAAACAAACACUCAAAUCUGCAUCUACAGAUCUCGGCACCACUGAUGUUGUGGUGAGUCGAGUACUCGAGGUAACGGACCUGCCGGAGGGGAUUUCACGCCCAGAGGCUGAAAAGCUCUUCAACCAGCUGUCAAUGUGCGGUGCCAAGAUCCAGUGGCUGAAGGAGCCCCAGGGAGGCCGCGGAGGAGCGGGAGGCUGCGGCCCCUGUCCCGGCGCAGGGCCUUCUAGUAUGGGAGCGAAGUGCGACGGCAACGACCCAGCUCACCUCUACACAGUAGUGGCAGUGUUUCCCAGCACCAUGGCCGCCCAGAGUGCUUCCUUCAAACUCAACAACAGCGGGGCCAGUCUCUUCAAACUGAGGGCCGCCAAAAAGAACUAUGACCUGCGCGUACUGGAGAGAGCCAGUUCUCAGUGAAAGAAAACGAGAGGGGGAGGAGAGAAAGAAAGUGACAGAGACAGAAAGAAAGAGAGACUCUUGGUGGAUUGGUGGAAAAGGAAGGAGGACUGAGGGGGACUGCUCUUAGUGUACAAUUCAAAAACGAGAAAAGAAAAAAAAAAACUUGAGUUAAAUUUAUAAAAGGGAAGAAGGUGUGAAUCGAGAGGUGUCUGGUGAUCGGUUGCAAAUAUGAUUUUGUCGUUUGUUUUUAUUCAUUGUUUUUGUUUUGUAUUUAUAUAGCAGAAGAGCACACAAGACACGUGAGCAUGUGUUUCACUGUUGCCGUGGAAUGUGUGCUGCCAUUAUAUGAAAACAUGCAAUGCCACAGACACACACACACACACACACACACACACAUCCCAGGAGACACACAAACACAGGCAACAGGGUCACGUAGCACAUAACAAAAACACACUGGACAGUCGACCUCAGUCAAACCUUUUCCUCCUCUUCCUCCUCACCCCCUCUGCUCUCCAACCCUUUGUCCUUUUUCUGCCUCCACUUUCUCUCCUCCCUCCACUCUCCGUCACCCAGCCGUCUGCUAAUCUCACAUAUUUAUACAUUUUUCAUACGCACAGUUGCGCUCUCUCGGCCCUCCCUCGCUGCGCCUCCCUCUUUUCUUGCCAUGUCUCAUAUCUCCGCUCCUCUGUCCCUCUCAUGUACUCUCUGCUCUCUCCUCUCUUGCUUUCUGUUUGCCUUACUGCUGUUGUGGGUUUCUGUAUUGCGCUGUUUUUUGUUUUUUUUCUGAGAUUUUUUUUCCUUUUUUGGGGUUCAAUAUAUUUAUAUAAGUGAUGUAAGGAAUAAAAGAAAUCUAUAUAUUCAGUGAUUUUUUUCUUUCUUUCCCUGAGUGACAAAAGUUUAGGCCUUCCUUUUAUCCUUUACUCCUUCCCUCCUCUUCAUCCCCUUCUCCUCCUCUUCGGCCCUCUACCUCACUUCCUCUGUCCUCUAUCCUAGCCCCCACCCCCGCCCCCUCGCUCCACCCCGACGCCCCACUGUGUUUGCGUUUUUUGUUGACAGCUGUGCAGAACGUAUCAGAAGAAGUAGUUUAAGUGCACAAUGAUUGCAUAUGUCUACUGUAAAUUUUAUUUAAUCUGUUAUUUUUUGUUUGUUUUUAAAAAUAUAAAAGUCGAGAAAAAAUCUAUCAAAA